GAUUGAAAAUAUUUUUUUCCAACCAUCAGCCCAACUGUCGGCCGACUGUUUAGUUGUCAGUGUGCGGGUACUCUAAUUGUUGUGCUGUUCUCGUUUUCAUGACGUCAAUUUAUUGUAAAACUGCUAUAAUGCCCCGUAUUAUGUAUAUCGAUUUUAGAAUUUGUAUAAGCCGUAUUACAGUUAAAAAAUAUAAAUAAUUAUAGAAGCAGUACGUAUAUAAAGUAGUUAUAUUUAACUCUAGCUGUUCCCCGGGGGUUUUUAUUAAAUAAAAAGUAUCCUAUGUUCAUUCUAGUACCACCAAGAAAAUGUGUAUAUGAUGACCGGUUUAGUAGUUUUUGCAUGAAAGCGUAGUAAACAAACGGACUUUCGCAUUUACAAUAUUAUAUAAGUAGGAUUGCCGCUGUCACUCUUUGUCAAUCUCAUGAAAAAUAGUUCAAUCGUUUUUGAGUUUACUGCAACUAUAGAAGGACUUUUUUAUAUUUUUGAAUUCAGUAUACUUGCUAAGAAUUGGCAUAAUUUGUUUUUAGCCUAAAAUAAAUUGCUUAUCGCCCUAGGCCUAGCCCGUUAUCAGUUUCAACUAAUUAAUUUUUCUUUUCCGUCGAGUAUUUGUUAUUCAGAGCGAUUGUGAGUUUUAUACCCACGUCUCAAAACAGGAAAACAGUAUAGUAACUACUGCUUUUAUUAUAAUUUGGUUAUUAACAGUUCAAUUGCGGUGCUCAUUACGUGUUGUACACUUAUAUAUUAUUAUUUGAAGUUGCUUGUUGUAAAUUUACAGUAUAUUUAUUGAAUAACCAUGAAGGUUUUUAUGUUAUUGCUUAUUUUGGCCCUAAUUGCCCUGUCGUAUUGUACCUCAGAACCUGAAGAGUGUUAUUAUGAUUCUAGAGGAUUAUGUAUGGGUGAAUGUGAGCCAGGCACCUACUCUUACACCUCAAACUGCGAUCAGAUGAUGAUACCUGAGCCUACAUGUGAUACCCCAACUCCUCAAGAGGAAGAGGCCCCCUGUGACUAUUCAGCUUGCUACUGUAAGGCACCAACUGUCAGGGACACGAGUACAGGCAAAUGUGUGCCUUUGGAACAGUGCCCUAAGAAAAAGGUUUAGCCUUUUUGCGAGGCUGCCUCGGUUCGAGUCUUUUUUUUCGUUUGAAUAAAUCAUUUCUAUUUUUAGGGGCA